AUGCUACCACCACCAGUAAUAUUAGAUUCUCAAGCAAUAAGUGGAAUAACAGGCUCAAUAUCAAUAGCAUGUUGGAUUGUAGUCUUUGCUCCUCAAAUAUCUCAAAAUUUUAUCAGAAAAUCAUCAGAUGGUUUAAGUUUAACUUUCAUAAUAUUAUGGUUAGCAGGUGAUGUCUUUAAUGUAUUGGGAGCAGUAUUGCAAGGACUUUUACCAACAAUGAUCAUAUUAGCAAUAUAUUAUACUUUAGCUGAUAUUGUUUUAUUAUGGCAAUGUUUAGUAUAUGGAAAUGGAGACGAUAGUGAAAAAAAAACUGAUUUGACUCACUUAUCACCGGCAACUCCUAUAAACGAUGAUAUCUUGGAGGAAGCUGUUUCACCAUCUAUACGGUCCCAAGACUUAGAAAAUUCCGAUUCAAAAAAGUCAAACUAUUCUUCAAAUGGACUAACCAGUAUUUUAUUGAAUACAUUAAUGGUAUCAUUAGUUUUAUUAUCAGGAAUAAUUGGGUGGUAUAUAAGCUACCUCAACGAUUUAAAAAAUGACGAAAAACACCAACACCAUAAUCAUGACUCAAAAAAUUCUACCAAUUUAGUAUUUGAUCCAUUAGCUCAAUUUUUUGGAUGGUUAUGCGCUAUAUUGUAUUUAGGAUCAAGAAUUCCUCAAAUUGUUUUGAAUUAUGAAAGGAAGUCAACUGAUGGCAUAUCAUUUAUGUUUUUCUUAUUUGCAUGUUUGGGUAAUUUGACUUAUGUCAUCUCAAUCAUAUCGAUAGAUAUGAGUUGGUAUUAUUUAUGGGUAAAUAGUUCUUGGUUAGCAGGAUCAUUGGGGACUUUGGCUUUAGAUUUUACGAUUUUUGUUCAAUUUUUUUUAUAUAAUAAAGAUGAUGAAUUAAGUUUUACUGAUAGCGAAGCUACUAGUUGUUGCGAGAGUAAUCAUGAGCGUUUACUCAAUGGUAACAACAAUGAAAGCUAUGGUUCAACUACAUCUAAUGAUAAGCAUGUAUAA